AUGAAUGAAAUAAUUAAGGGACUGAUCGAUUUCGGAACUGGCUAUAAGAUAGGAAGCGAGGAUAUUAAAAUAAUAUGUUAUGCUGAUGAUGCUGUCCUACUAGCAGAAAACGAGGACGAUCUGCAAAGACUAUUAUUCAAGUUCAAAACUAUCGCUGAGUCAUUCAACAUGAAAAUAUCCAUUGAAAAAACCAAAUGUAUGACGAUCGCCAAAGAACCGAUUCGAUGUAAACUAUCGAUUGAAGAUCAGUCAAUUGAGCAGGUUAUGAGCUUCAAAUACCUUGGAGUCGAAAUUACGAGCCAUCGAGAUAACAACAAGGAGACACAGGUUCAAACAGCAAAGGCCUCUGCAAUAUCGGGCUACCUUCGCGAUGUCAUAUGGAAAAAUAAAUAUAUGCUAAUUGAAAAUAAGGUGCGUGUUUACAAAACUUGCGUGCGCCCCAUAAUGACAUAUGCAGCUGAAACAAGAGCAGACACGUCAUCGACCAAACAAAGAUUGCGAGCCACAGAAAUGCAAACUCUUAGGCAGAUCUGUGGAUACACUUUGCUUGACAAAAAAAGAAGUGCAGAUAUAAGAGAAGAAUGCAAAAUUCAAGAUAUUGUUCGAUGGACUAGAUGCAGACGGCGCUACUGGAGGGACCAUGUGAACCGCAUGAGCGAGAACCGACUACCCAAAAUAGCCAUGACCAACAAGCCCAACACCAAAAGACCCCCAGGCAGACCUCCUAAAAGGUGGCAUGAGUGCUGGACCUCUACAUCCCACGAUCAUGAAAAUCCAUAA